GCUGCGACCUCGAUCAUACAUCCCUCGAUCUUCUCAACAUUCCAACCCUUCUCGGGUCAUCUUCUCAACUACCAGUCCCUCGAUUGGCAUUCAUCCAUGGCGGCAGCUACCAGAGCUCUCCUUGUUGCCGCAGUGACCGCGGCGGCGCUGUUCGGCACGGCGCUCGGCGCCACCUACACAGUCGGCGCACCGGCCGGGUCAUGGGACCUCCGGACAAACUACACCCGAUGGACUUCCACCAUCAGGUUCUACACCGGCGACGAGCUCCGGUUCCAGUACCCCGCUGCGGCGCACAACGUGGUGGAGGUGACCAAGACGGCCUACGACAACUGCAGCAGCUCUAGUCCCGUCGCCACGUUCCCGAGCGGCAACGAUGUCAUUCCGCUCGCCGCCGUCGGGACCCGGUACUUCAUCUGCGGCCUGCCGGGGCACUGCGCCGGUGGCAUGAAGGUACAGGUCAACGUCCAGUCCAAGGUAGUGAGAUGCCGAAGGAGAGGGACGAGGCAGCGGUGCACACAGACAACGCCACAGCCGAGCUCGGCGGCUCAGGCUGGUGCUGAGCCUGUGCUAGCGCUCGGGCUGGCCGCCGUCUUGGCUGGCUUGAUGCUUCUCUACUAGUCAUCAACGACAACCUCCAUAGGAACUUUCUGUAAAAAAUAAUAUUAUCUUUCUCCUUUUUUUUCCGUGAUGACUUUCUCCUCUCUCAAGCGUGAUUGAUCGUGCGCACAUGAUUCUUUGUAUAGUCAAAUGUGUCGUUUUUAUUAUUAUAUGUAAUUUAAUAUUUUUUUGGUUCAUGGCAUUUCGUUGACCGUAAAAUACCAAGAAAAAACACAGUGGAUCAAUUUCAUGGCACUA